AUGAAGAAAAGCAUAAUAGCCACGAAAAUUGUGGCAUCUUUAUUACAAAGUGAAGUAUUCCCACUGAGCAUGGAUGCACUCCCAUACACACCCUCGGCCUCAGUUUCUCCCGCCUGCACCGCCACCUUAGCCCACUGGGGGGCGGGGCUGGAGGGCGAGGCUGGUGGCUGUUCUGAAGCCUCGAGAGCCGUCCGUUCCUACCAGACUCCCUGCUCUGAGCGGUCUUACCCCAAGCCCGGACACAGCCCCUCAAACUUCCCCGUGCCGGGCACUGGUGGGGACAGGCCCGCAGGGCCAGUGCCGGUGCGGGUUGACACUCCAAUCGAGUUGAGCGCCCAGGCGGCCCCCGGCAGGCUGAUGGUCCGGCCAGAGGUCAGGCCGGGGAUGUGCCCAGACCCUGAGGUGUGGGCACUGUCUCCAGGUCCCCCGCCGUGCGAAUUCCAGGACGGGAUGAUGCCUUGCCGGCCCCGGGUCGGAGCUGGCAAGGCGAGCGCUUGGUUCCCAAGACCCUCUGAGGUCGCCUUCCCCGGGCCCUGCAUCGUCCUGCAGUGCAUCCCGACGCUGGCGCUGCCAGAAGACGUCUCUGCCGUACAGAAGGAGAUGGAGCAGUUGGCCAAGGAGCUGAGGCAGAAGAGGAUGACCCUGGGGUACUCUCAGGCCGACGUGGGGUUGCUCAUGGGGGCUCUUUUUGGAAGGGCGCUGAGCCAGACGACCAUCUGCCGCUUCGAGGCCCAGCAGUUGAGCCUCACCAACAUGUGGAAGCUGCGACUGCCGCUGAAGAUGUGGCUGGAGCAAGUGGACAUGGAGAACCUUCUGGGCUUAUGCAAAAUGGAGACGAUCCUGCAGCAGGCUGGGAAGCGCAGACGGGCAUACAGGGAGAGACACAUCAGAAACAGCCUGGAGAAACUCUUCCUGCAGUGCCAGAAGCCCACACCCCGGCAGAUCAGCUGCAUCGCUGGGCAGCUCCAGCUGCAGAAGGACUUCAUCCAAGUUUGGUUCCAUAACUGGAGCAAGAUGGGCAGUCGGCCAAGCAAUGAUUUCUCCCCACUGGCGGAGGUGGGGACUGUCGGACCUUCUCUCCCAAGAGGACCAGUGUGCUUUCCCCUGACAUCGGGACUCCAUUUCUGUGUCCCCCAUUGUGGGGGACCCUACUUUACACCGUUGUACCCUGCCCCUUUCACUGUGGGAGGAACCCUCCUCUCUGCCCCAGCCACCACCCUGAGCCUCCCCAGGCUUUCCAGCUGA